AUGUCUUCGCUGCUCAUGCAAAUAAGGCUGCCUUUGCUUGUGCUUUUCAAAAAUUUCAAGGUCCAAUUUUUUGUAUCAAAGGUGCUGCUGCUGAUAAAGGAUGUUAUUAAGCCCAAUUCAAUCCAAUCCCUUGAUAUUACUCCUACCAUCAUCCAUGCUCAAGUUCCAUAUAGAUACACAAAAGAAGUCUGUAGCAUUGAAAAAGUACUGAUGCAUAUAGUAGCGGACCUUUUUUCCAAUAUCGCACAUGGUAACUCCUAUAUCAUUGGGCUCGUGGUGAUAUUGGUACUAUCAAUCUUUGUAAAGCAGAUAUCAAUGCUUGUGUCCAAACCAAUGAGUUCCGAUACUAGUAUGAACUUGACCUCCCCGCCACUUCAUUGA